GGUCGGCUGGCGCUCUCCUCGGCGGCUGCGGCAGUGGCGAGGCGUGACGCCGGAGUCGCCUCUCCAUCCUCCGAGGCGACGGCCGCGGCUGCACAGGUCGGCGCUGCGGCCCGCGGUGGUGCGGAGGACGGAAGACAUAAUGUAUUUGUGGCCUUGGACAUGAAGUAAUCAGUCCUCUGUUGCUGUAAACAUAGGGUGGGGACUGAUGAGGGAAGCAUGGACCUAAUGAACGGACAGGCAAGCAAUGUUAAUAUCGCAGCUACUGCUUCUGAGAAGAGUAGCAGCUCUGAAUCAUUAAGUGACAAAGGCUCUGAAUUGAAGAAAAGCUUUGAUGCUGUGGUAUUUGAUGUUCUUAAGGUUACACCAGAGGAAUAUGCGGGUCAGAUAACGCUAAUGGAUGUCCCAGUAUUUAAAGCUAUUCAACCAGAUGAGCUUUCAAGUUGUGGAUGGAAUAAGAAGGAAAAAUAUAGUUCUGCACCAAAUGCAGUUGCCUUCACAAGAAGAUUUAAUCACGUAAGCUUUUGGGUUGUAAGAGAGAUUCUUCAUGCUCAAACAUUAAAAAUUAGAGCAGAAGUUUUAAGCCACUAUAUUAAAACUGCUAAGAAACUAUAUGAGCUGAAUAACCUUCAUGCCCUCAUGGCAGUGGUUUCUGGCUUACAGAGUGCCCCAAUUUUCAGGUUGACGAAAACAUGGGCGUUAUUAAGUCGAAAAGACAAAACUACCUUUGAAAAAUUAGAAUAUGUAAUGAGUAAAGAAGAUAACUACAAAAGACUCAGAGACUAUAUAAGUAGCUUAAAGAUGACACCUUGCAUUCCCUAUUUAGGUAUCUAUUUGUCAGAUUUAACAUACAUUGAUUCGGCAUACCCAUCAACUGGCAGCAUUCUAGAAAAUGAGCAAAGAUCAAAUUUAAUGAAUAACAUCCUUCGAAUAAUUUCUGAUUUACAGCAGUCCUGUGAAUAUGAUAUUCCCAUGUUGCCUCAUGUUCAAAAAUACCUGAACUCUGUUCAAUAUAUAGAGGAACUACAAAAAUUUGUGGAAGAUGAUAAUUACAAGCUCUCAUUGAAGAUAGAACCAGGUACAAGCACACCACGUUCUGCUGCUUCCAGGGAAGACUUAGUAGGUCCUGAAGUAGGAGCAUCACCCCAGAGUGGAAGAAAAAGUGUAGCUGCUGAGGGAGCCUUGCUGCCACAGACACCCCCCUCCCCCCGGAAUCUGAUUCCACAUGGACACAGGAAGUGCCACAGCUUGGGUUAUAAUUUUAUCCAUAAAAUGAACACAGCAGAAUUUAAGAGUGCAACGUUCCCAAAUGCAGGGCCAAGACAUCUGUUAGAUGAUAGUGUCAUGGAGCCCCAUGCACCAUCUCGAGGCCAAGCUGAAAGUUCUACUCUUUCUAGUGGAAUAUCAAUAGGUAGUAGUGAUGGUUCUGAACUAAGUGAAGAGACCUCAUGGCCUGCUUUUGAAAGGAACAGAUUAUACCAUUCUCUCGGCCCGGUGACAAGAGUGGCACGAAAUGGCUAUCGAAGCCACAUGAAGGCCAGCAGUUCUGCAGAGUCAGAAGAUUUGGCAGUACAUUUGUAUCCAGGAGCUGUUACUAUUCAAGGUGUUCUCAGGAGAAAAACUUUGUUAAAAGAAGGCAAAAAGCCUACAGUAGCAUCUUGGACAAAAUACUGGGCGGCCUUGUGUGGAACACAACUUUUUUACUAUGCUGCCAAAUCUCUGAAGGCUACAGAAAGAAAACAUUUCAAAUCAACAUCAAAUAAGACCGUCUCUGUGGUGGGAUGGAUGGUGAUGAUGGCUGAUGACCCAGAACAUCCAGACCUCUUCCUGCUGACAGACUCUGAGAAAGGGAAUUCAUACAAGUUUCAAGCUGGCAGUAGAAUGAAUGCAAUGCUGUGGUUUAAGCAUCUGAGUGCAGCCUGCCAAAGUAACAAACAACAGGUGAGUUUUUUUCUUAAUUGUCAGAACAGUUUGUAA